UCGUUGCCCAACGGCUUUGCGAUGAAGAUGACGAGGGGAAAAUCGACAUUCUCAACUCUCAACGAUGCCCUUUAGGAUUUCUGACUCUGGAAUUAGGUUUAGGAGAGUUCGAACGCUCAAUAUUCUGUGUAUGUCAUAACUCUGAGUUUUUCUGAUUCUGUGAUUAGAAAUAACUUAACCUGAUUUAUUGAUUAGGAUUGUCCAAAAACACAUUAAACUUUCACCAAAACCGAUGGAUACGGAUCACGUUGGCCAUGCAUUACAUUAAUAAAAGCUUUCCAUUUGUAGUGUGUAUUAUCACAAUUUCAUGUACGAAAAUGCUGCAGAUUUUUCGGGGAUCACAAUAAAUAUUGCUUGGUUUCUUCUUCUUUGGUUUUUUUCCCUUUCGGGUUUUGCACUUUCAUGUUCUUGUAUUUGUGUUCUUUAUUGUUUCCUUUUGGAUACCUUUUAACAGAGAGCGUUUGAUCCAUGAAGAAAUUGUAAUCAGACUACGCAAUAUCGAUUCGUAAUUCGUUGGCUUCUGUUCUAUGAUUUGAUUUCGGAAGAAUUUAUCAUUGGAUUUUGCAAUUUCGUAUCAUAAUUGUCUUUCCUUUUCUGGGUUUUUAGGCUUACAUUAUUCGAGUUUAUAUGUAAAGAAAUCAUCCACAAAUACACAAUUUUGAUCUUUGAAUCAUAAUUCCCUUCUCAUUACCUAAAUUCUGUCAUUCCACAAACUAUCACCAGAUUAUGAGCUUUUAAAUCAUAACGCUCGUCAAUUUUUUUUAUCAGAUUAUGCAAUUUUGAAUCAUAAUUGUUGGAAUCGUAGACAAAAUUGUGUGAUCUGAUACGAGAGUGUAGAUGGGUAUAAUCAGCGCCAUUGCUGGGGCUUUCGGUUUUGGGAUUGGGAUCACACUUGGACUUGUGAUUGGUUAUUUUCUCUUCAUCUUCAUCCAAUCAUCUGAUGUUGAGAAUCCUGAAAUUAAGCCUUUGGUUGAGCAAGACGAACCAACUCUUCAAAGAAUGUUCCCUGAAAUACCCAUUUGGGUGAAAAAUCCCGACCAUGAUCGUGUUGAUUGGCUUAACAAGUUUCUUGAAUUAAUGUGGCCAUAUCUAGACAAGGCAAUUUGCAAAACGGUUUUGGCAACAGUUGAACCAAUGAUCAAAGAACAAACUCCACAAUACAAAAUCGAUGAAGUUGAAUUCGAUUCACUUACAUUAGGCAGCUUACCUCCUACUUUUCAAGGAAUGAAAGUUUAUACUACAGAUGAAAAAGAGAUAAUUAUGGAACCAUCGUUCAAAUGGGCAGCAAAUCCUAACAUUCAUGUAGGUGUUAAGGCCUUUGGGUUAAGACCCACUAUUCAGAUUGUUGAUUUGCAAGUAUUUGCAUCUCCAAGAAUCACUUUAAAGCCAUUGGUUCCAACUUUUCCAUGUUUUUGUAAAAUUCUAGUUUCUCUAAUGGACAAGCCUCAUGUUGAUUUUGGAGUAAAAUUAAUUGGGGCAGAUUUAAUGUCGAUUCCUGGUUUGUAUGGGUUCGUUCAGGAACUCAUCAAAGAUCAGGUAGCGAACAUGUAUUUAUGGCCGAAAGUUCUUGAGGUAGCAAUUUUGGAUCCUACAAAAGCUAUGAAGCGACCUGUUGGGAUGCUAAAUGUGAAAGUUGUAAAAGCAAUGAAGCUUAAAAAGAAAGAUCUUCUGGGUGCUUCUGAUCCUUAUGCGAAAUUGACACUAACAGAUGAUAAGUUGCCAUCGAAGAAGACGACUGUAAAACACAAGAACUUGAAUCCUGAAUGGAAUGAAGAAUUCAAUCUAGUUGUGAAAGAUCCUGAAGUUCAAGCUCUAGAAAUCAUGGUUUUCGAUUGGGAAUCGGUAGGGAAGCAUGAUAAAAUGGGGAUGAAUCGUGUACCUUUGAAAGAUCUAACUCCCGAAGAACCAAAAACCCUAACUCUCGAUCUACUCAAGAACAUGGAUCCCAACGAUUCGCAUAACGAUAAAUCACGAGGUCAAAUCGUGGUUGAAGUCAUGUACAAACCCUUCGGAGAAGACCAGAUGCCGACUGACGUUGAAGAAGUUAGUGCGAUGCAGAAAGCUCCGGUGGGAACUCCGGAGGGCGGCGGCUUGCUUGUUGUUAUAAUCCAUGAAGGAGAAGAUCUCGAAGGAAAACAUCAUACAAAUCCUUCCGUUCGUGUGCUUUUCCAUGGCGAAGAAAAAAGAACUAAGCCGAUGAAGAAGACUCGAGAUCCGAGAUGGGAAGAAGAGUUUACAUUUACGUUAGAAGAGCCACCGACGAAUGAGAAAAUGCAUAUCGAAGUCGUUAGUACUUCGAAGCGGAUGGGAUUAAUUCAUCCGAAGGAAUCUUUGGGUUAUGUCGAUAUAAGCCUUGCGGAUGUUGUGAACAACAAACGGAUCAACGAGAAAUAUCAUCUGAUCGAUUCCAAGAAUGGGCGGCUUCAGGUGGAAUUGCACUGGAGAACUUCCGGCUAGAUUGCCGCCGGUAACGGUGACUCACGGCGACGAAAGUUAUUGAUAUUCAUAGGGUUUUAGUUAAUAAAGACGAUGAAAAUGAAAUAGUAUACCAUGCUGGCAUGCUAUCAUGAAAUUUGAAAACCUAAAUAUAUAUAUGAUCUAGGAGAUUAAAUCUUGACCGUUGGUUAGUUUUGAUAUUUUUAACUAUACUAGUGGA